AUGAAGUGUGCAAAGACGACUGGGAAGAUUUCAUGCUGUUGUUCACUACAACAAUCUGAUGCCCUGCCACAUAAUACAAAAUUUGAUGAAGAAGAAAAUUUUCUUGUUCUAAGAGAAUCUCCCGUAGACGAACAAGACAGCCAACAACAAAAACAAGCAUCUGAUGAAGGAUCUGGUCUAGAAAUCGAUGAAAGCGAAUUAUUAUCCACAGAGUUCCCACAAAAACCUCUUUCAGAACGCAAAUCUGAGUGUGGGCAGACACCAAUAAAACCUGAAGACACUAGAAGAAUUGUUGGAGGCCCUGUCUCUAAAGAAUGCCACCUUCGCUGUGGUGGUUCUCUCAUUGAUCCCGAAUGGAUCUUAAGUGCCGGACAUUGCGUAGAUGGUUACUCCUUAUUUCCUGAACUUUUUCGGGUGAAACUUGGCGUUUACGAUUACCGUAGUGAAAAUGAGAUAGGACAGAUUACAGCUAAACUCAAAGCAAUUCAUAUACACCCAAAAUUCGGCUCACCAAAACUUUUCUCCCAUGACUUGUCCCUAAUAAAGAUCGCUGGAGGCCCAAUAAACAUCACCGAUCAUAUACAACCAGUAUGCCUCCUACGAAAUGCUAGUAGACUUAUGGAAGGGGGAAAAUCAGCAUAUGUGACAGGAUGGGGUGCCACAUCAGAAGAUGGAGCAGUAUCUAGCAAGUUACGUCAAGUUAGAGUCCCAUUUCUUGAUACAGAGCAGUGUCAAAAGGUUUACCAUAAGGAACUCGACGACAGCAUGGUCUGCGCUGGUAAAGCCGGAGUUGACAGUUGUCAGGGAGAUUCAGGAGGACCACUAGUUGCCAGAGCUGAAGACAAACGGUGGUAUCAACUGGGAGUAGUUUCUUGGGGUCUUGGCUGCGCGCAAGAGGGAUACGCAGGUGUGUACAGCAAAGUGUCGAAUAUGUGCGAUUUUGUGGAAAAAACAACAGGAAAGAAAAUGUGCAAAUGA